UCUCUUUCAGUCACAGAUCUCCAGGUGGAGGUUCCUGAGAGAGUGAUAGAGGGAGAUAAAGUCACUCUCACAUGUAGAACCAGCUUCAGUCUGUCUUACAGUCCAACAUUCACCUGGUACAGAAAUGGACAUCGUUUAUCCUCCAGUACUGACCAACUCCACCUGCAGUCGGUCAGCAGGGAGGAUGCAGGCAGGUAUUACUGUGGUGUAUGGAGUCAGAACCUUCUCUCUCCUGAAGUCACUCUUAAUGUUGGACGAGUUGUUGCUGAGAAAAACAAGGCUGUGACUUACAACCCUAAAUCUAUCUGUGCUCUAAAGGGGUCUACAGUAAACAUUGGCUGCACUUACACACCUCCAAGAGGUCACUCAGUCCAAAAAGCUUUCUGGACUAAAGAGCUGGUUACAUCUGGUUCAGAACCUCCUGAUCUGUUAGAUGAUCCAGAGUACACAGGCAGAGUUCAGUACCUCGGAGAUAAACACAGUGACUGCAGUCUCAGAUUUAAGACUGUGAGAGAAAAGGAUCAAAGUAAAUACUACUUCAGAUUUAUAACAGACCAACCUGGAGGAAAGUAUCAAGGUGCAGGUGGAGUUGAUCUUUCAGUCACAGAUCUCCAGGUGGAGGUUCCUGAGAGAGUGACAGAGGGAGAUAAAGUCACUCUCACAUGUAGAACCACCUGCAGUCUGUAUUACAGACCAACAUUCACCUGGUACAGAAAUGGACAUCGUUUAUCCUCCAGUACUGACCAACUCCACCUGCAGUCGGUCAGCAGGGAGGAUGCAGGCAGGUAUUACUGUGCUGUACUGGGUCAGAACCUUCGCUCUCCUGAAGUCACUCUUAAUGUUGGACGAGUUGUUGCUGAGAAAAACAAGGCUGUGAAUUAUAACCCUAAAUCUGUCUGUGCUCUAAAGGGGUCUACAGUAAAUAUUGGCUGCACUUACACACCUCCAAGCGGUCACUCAGUCCAAAAAGCUUUCUGGACUAAAGAGCUGGUUACAUCUGGUUCAGAACCUCCUGAUCUGUCAGAUGAUCCAGAGUACAGAGGCAGAGUUCAGUACCUCGGAGAUGAACAUGGUGACUGCACUCUCAGAGUGAUUGAUGUGAGAGAAAAGGAUCAAAGUAAAUACUACUUCACAUUUAUAACAGACCAACCUGGAGGAAAGUAUCAAGGUGAAGAUGGAGUUGAUCUUUCAGUCACAGAUCUCCAGGUGGAGGUUCCUGAGAGAGUGAUAGAGGGAGAUAAAGUCACUCUCACAUGUAAAACCACCUGCAGUCUGACAGUCAGACCAACAUUCACCUGGUACAGAAAUGGACAUCGUUUAUCCUCCAGUACUGACCAACUCCACCUGCAGUCGGUCAGCAGGGAGGAUGCAGGCAGGUAUCACUGUGCUGUACUGGGUCUGAGCUCUCCUGAGGUCACUCUGAAUGUCAGAUAUGGCCCAAAGAGCAUCUCAGUGUCCAUCAGUCCCUCUGGUGAAAUAGUGGAGGGCAGUUCAGUGACUCUGACCUGCAGCAGUGAUGCAAACCCACCUGUGGAAUAUAACUGGUUUAAAGGAACAUCAUUAGUAGCAAAAGGAGAGACUUACACAAUGAACAAGAUCAGCUCUGUGGACAGUGGAGAAUACAAGUGCAGAUCCAGUAAUGAACAUGGAGAGAAACUCUCUGAAGCUCUAACUCUGAAUGUUUUGUAUCUCCAGGUGGAGGUUCCUGAGAGAGUGAUAGAGGGAGAUAAAGUCACUCUCACAUGUAAAACCACCUGCAGUCUGACAGUCAGACCAACAUUCACCUGGGACAGAGAUGGACAUGGUUUAUCCUCCAGUACUGACCAACUCCACCUGCAGCCGGUCAGCAGGGAGGAUGCAGGCAGGUAUCACUGUGCUGUACUGGGUCUGAACUCUCCUGAGGUCACUCUGAAUGUCAGAUAUGGCCCAAAGAGUGUCUCAGUGUCCAUCAGUCCCUCUGGUGAAAUAGUGGAGGGCAGUUCAGUGAAUCUGACCUGCAGCAGUGAUGCAAACCCACCUGAGCAGAACUACAUCUGGUUUAAGAAGCUGGAUAAAGAAGCUCUGCAGAACUCAACAAGUCAGAUCUACAGCAUCUCAAACAUCAGCUCUGCAGAUAGUGGGGAAUAUCAGUGCAUGGCAACUAAUAAACAUGGGUCUCAAUACUCAGAGUACAAGUCAUUAACAGUUUUAUAUGCUCCAAAGAAAUUCUGGGUGUCCAUCAGUGAAACAGCAGAGGGCAGUUCAGUGACUCUGACCUGCAGCAGUGAUGCAAACCCACCUGUGCAGAGCUACACCUGGUUUAAAGAAGGUGGAAGCUCACCUGUAGGAUCUGGACACAGUUACAGGGCUCUACAGAGUGGAUCCUACUACUGUGUGGCUCAGAAUGAACACGGAUCUCAGAAAUCAGCUGCAGUGACUGUCACUGUAAAAAGGAAAAUCUCUACAGUGAUGUGGCAGUGA